AUGAGGCUACUCAUCUUCUGUAUAUCAUUUUGUAUUCUAUUCAUAUCAAAAUGUAGUGCAGUGGGUACAGUCCCUGAUCAAGUUCAUCUUUCUUUCACUGGAGAUAUGACUGAAAUGGCUGUGGUAUGGAAUACAUUUGCGGAUGAUGUAUCUUAUGGAAAGAAAGGAAGUGGAGCUUCAUCAACAGCUAAAGGAUCUUCUGAAGCUUGGGUUUACGGUGGAAUCACAAGAUACCGACACAAGGCUACCAUGACUGGAUUGGAUUACUCCUCGGAAUACGAAUACACCAUCGCCUCCCGCACUUUCUCAUUCAAAACCCUCUCAAACAAUCCUCAAACUUAUAAAGUUUGUGUCUUCGGUGACUUGGGAUACUGGCAUGGAAACUCGACAGAAAGUAUAAUUAAGCAUGGACUUGCUGGAGAUUUCGAUUUUAUUGUUCAUCUUGGAGAUAUUGCUUACGAUUUGCACACGAACAAUGGAGAAGUUGGUGACAGUUAUUUGAAUGUUUUCGAGCCACUCAUUUCCAAGAUGCCUUAUAUGGUAAUAGCUGGAAAUCAUGAAGACGACUACCAGAACUUCACAAACUACCAGAAAAGAUUCGCAGUUCCAGAUAAUGGACAUAAUGAUAAUCAAUUCUAUAGUUUCGAUUUGGGCCCUGUUCAUUGGGUUGGAGUUAGUACUGAGAAUUACGGAUACUAUUAUACAUAUGGAAUGGAUCCAGUGAUGACACAAUACGACUGGCUGAAACGAGACUUGACGGCUGCGAACUCAAAUCGUGCCGCUCAUCCCUGGAUUUUCACUUUCCAACAUCGUCCAUUCUACUGUAGCAAUGUUAAUUCUGCAGAAUGUCAAUCAUUUGAAAAUCGAUUGGUUAGAACUGGCUGGUUGGAUAUGCCUGGAUUAGAGCCACUUUUCCUUCAAACUUCUGUUGAUUUCGGAUUCUGGGGACAUGAACAUUCGUACGAGAGAUUCUAUCCAGUUGCAGAUAGAACAUAUUGGAAUGAUGCCAACGCCUAUAGAAACCCUAAAGCUCCAGUAUAUCUCAUUAGUGGAUCAGCCGGUUGUCACACUCCAGAUGCCUGGUUCACUGAUCAGCCAUGGCCAUGGAGUGCGGCAAGAAAUAAUGAUUAUGGAUGGUCCAUCGUAACAGUUGCCAAUAGAACUCACAUUCGUGUCGAGCAAAUAUCUAUUGACAAAAAUGAGCAGACCGUUGACGAUUUUUGGGUGAUCAAGGAUGAAGGAUUUACUCAUUCUGGGGAGAUGAGAAGAGCCAGUCCUGGAAUCAAGUUCCCACCUCAAAAAUGUCAUUUCAAAGAUGUCGCUUGUCAACGAUCAUUAAAAGAAAUAAAUGAAGAGCUUUGA